UUACUUGAAUUGCGAGAAAAUUUUGACAUUCAGUAAAAACUAUAUAAAUAAAAGUUUUACAGAAAAAUGACUACCGGAAAGAUCAAUUUGUCAGACUUGGGGUUGAUAAAGCCAGAAGAACGUCUUAAGAAAUUGGCAGAAUUCGGAAAUAUGGUUGAAAUAGAUGAAAAUAUUCCUAUUAAAAGGUAUUUUAGAAGUGGUAUGGAAUUGAUAAGGAUGGCAAAUAUUUAUAUGGCUGAAAACAAUUUGGAAAAUGCAUAUAUUUUAUAUAUGAAAUUUAUGGUUUUAUUUUUGGAAAAAAUUCAAUCACACCCAGAAUACAAGACAACUUCACCUACAUUGAAACAACCAAACCAAGCGAAAUUGAAGGAAAUAUUACCAAUAACAGAAAAAUUGAAGGAUAGACUAAAAGACCGAUACCAGAAAGAAUAUACUCAGUUUUUGGCAAGAAAAAUUGAAGACGAAACAAACAUGGUCAAAAAGAGUGAAAAGACUAAUGUAGUUUCCUCCAUGGAAAGUAUAUCAAAAGAUGAUUUAGAACUGAAACCGGUUUUAGACAAGCCGUUACUGCAAAAUGUUGUUUAUCCUAAUGAUUUUGCAGUAGAUACUAAGAGUGGUUCAACAAAUUUAUUAUUGCCUAUUAAGCCAAUAAUAAACCGAAGCUUGAAGCCUUCAACUUCCUUAAUUGAAGGAAGCUUGCGAAAAAUUGUAGUCCCAUCAAAGCUUAUGCAAUCAUUUUUAUUACUUGCUAAAUUAAAUACUUCUCAAAAUAUAGAAACUUGUGGUAUUUUAGCAGGAAAGCUGGCGUCCAAUAAAUUUACCAUAUCUCAUGUUAUAUUACCAAAACAAGUAGGUUCGUCUGAAACAUGUGUCACUGAGAACGAGGAAGAGAUUUUUAGUUUUCAGGAUAAAUACAACUUAAUUACACUUGGAUGGAUUCAUACACAUCCCACGCAAACUGCAUUUUUAUCGUCUGUCGACCUCCAUACACAUUUUGCUUAUCAAAAAAUGAUUCCCGAAUCCAUCGCUAUUGUAUGUGCACCUAAAUAUAACACUACAGGAUUUUUUUGUCUAACUCCUGAACAUGGACUUGAAUAUAUAGCACAAUGUCGUCAAACAGGAUUUCAUCCUCACCCUAGCGAUUUGCCGUUGUUCACACAAGCUAAUCACAUACAACAAGAUGAAAAUGCCAAAUUAGAGAUUAUUGAUUUAAGGAUCUGAAUGAUCUAGAAAAAGUAAGGUAGAAAUCAAGGAUCGGGUAUUUUUUUGCAAUUCAUUUUCAAUGUAAACAAAAAAAUAUGUAAUAAAAAGAAUCGGGCCCGUAUUUUUCGUUUGGGCACCUAAAUAGA